ACCCUCUCUGCUACUGUCACGGUGAUUUGUGACUUUUUGGGUGGCCGAAAAUAGAUUGGAAUCUCUGUGAUAGGAAGAACUGUUACUUGGUGGAACCUAUUCUCUUGAUGACUAUGCAUCCAAUGUUGACACGGUUGGUGCUGUUGUUGAUGUGCGCUGCAUUGGCAGCGUCCAACGUCUCGAGCGUCAAAGGAAUACCGCGCAGCAGUCGCCUUGCGACCGUCAACGUGGAACGCUACGACUCUAGUUCACCCUUCGUCCAUUCCCUCAAACGUGGCUUGCAGAAGAGCAAGAAAAGCAUGAAAUCCGAAAAUGACGACGAUGAUGGUAAGGAACUGAACGUAGAGGAGGUGCUGUUCGCGGCGGUUGCCCCGCUCUCUUCCACGACAGCACCUUUCUCUCCAACGCCGGCACCCCUCUCUCCCACUCGCAGUCCCAUUUCUUCGACUGCUUCCCCCGUUUCUCCUACCGUGGCACCCGUUUUUCCAACUCAUGCUCCCUUUUCUCCGACUGGAACACCCAUAAAUCCAACUCUGGAAGGAGAACAAGUUGUUGAGGUCUUUCCGGAAACUCCGGCUCCCACUGGUUCAGCGAUUUUGGAAGCAGCUUGCGAGGCUGCUAAGGAAGGGCGGGUGUUUGAGACUGCAAGAGUACAGGACGUGGCAUUUGUUUACGAAAUGGUCACGAUUGCAUCGGCCGACCCCAAUGUGGUUGGCGACGAAAUUGAAUCCUCCAUGCAGUCAUUUUUGAUUCGUGACUUGGCUGUAAGUACCUGUGCAACCGACUCUCGUCGACAUCUAAUAGUCACCGACGUUUUGGGACUCGCAAUUGUGGAUGGCACCGUUCUAGAAGGGGAAUUGUGUACAGGCGUUGCGCCGGAUACGGAUGUUGUUACUUGCUCUCGUCGUGAAGCUGCGGUGCGUCUCUUUUUCGACGAAGAGGCCGAAAUCGAUGCCGCGCAAGUUGAAAGAGACACGCUAGCGGAAGUAGAAAGCAGCAUAGCUUCCGUUGCCGCUGGCUCGGACGCGGUAGUGAGCGUUUCUUACGCCGCAACCACGUCCGAUACAGGCAGCGAUACAGGCUCGGACUCAUCCCGUGCGACGGUAGACGAAAGCAGCGAUAAAGUCAAGCCGCUUGGAUUUGUUUUCGUUGGUCUAGUCGCUGCUAUUGCUGUUGCCAGCACGGUUCUUUUUGUUACUUGGUACCGAACAAAGCAACGCGAGAGUGACCGGCUCAAAAGCCACCAAAUCUUAAGUCUUCAGUCGACCGGCAUCACCGAGGAGCACUCGGGGGAAGAACGGUCCUUGAGAAAUGUGCACAAACCAUCACAAGAACUUUUUGCAGUGCAAGAGGGCCUGGAGUCGGAAAUUGACCACGAGGACGAUUUUGACAAUUCAUCCAUUCCACGCGAGAUUUUUCGCGGCGAUAUCGACAACGUAGCUUUCGAUGAAGCGUUAGCUGAUAUUCAAACAGACGCGGAUCAAAUCCGAAUUAUGGGUGACAGUACAUCUGUAUGCACGGAGGGAUCGUCCCACCGUUUCUUUACACAAAACAUGGCUUAAUUCGUUUUACAGGCUACU